GAGCAAGAUGAGGGUUGGGGAAACAUUCAAUAGGAGAGCAGGAUUUGAGUUCACUGACUGUGUCGUCCCUGUUGCACCCCCCUUCAGGUACAUGGUGCGGGUCCGAGCUGUGGUGAUGGCCCGAGAUGACUCCAGUGGGGGCUGGCUGCCUGUGGGGGGCGGGGGCCUCAGCCAGGUGAGCGUAUGUCGGGUCCGAGGGGCCAGGCCCGAGGGGGGGGCCCGCCAGGGGCACUACGUCAUCCACGGGGAGCGCCUCCGGGACCAGAAAACGACCUUGGAGUGUACCCUAAGGCCAGGCUUGGUUUACAACAAGGUCAACCCCAUCUUCCACCAUUGGAGCCUGGGUGACUGCAAGUUUGGGCUGACGUUUCAGAGUCCUGCAGAGGCCGAUGAGUUCCAGAAGAGCCUGCUGGCUGCGCUGGCCACACUGGGUCGAGGCUCACUUACCCCCUCCUCUUCCUCCUCCUCCUCCUCCCCUUCCCAGGACACCGCAGAGACCCCCUGCCCUCUAACGUCUCACGUGGACAGCGACUCCUCCUCCAAUCACAGCCGCCAGGAGACGCCUCCCACCGCCACCGCCCCCAUUAUCACGAUGGAGUCGGCUUCUGGUUUCGGACCCGCCACGUCGCCGCAGCGCCGCCGCUCCUCCGCUCAGACCUACCCUCCUCUUCUACCGUUCACGGGGAUUCCGGACCCCUCAGAAGCCCUGGCUGGGGCAGGGGGCCCGGGCUGGGGCGGCCGCGGGUAUGAGGAUUACCGACGCUCUGGGCCUACCGCGCCCCUCGCCUUGUCGACCUGCGUCGUGCGCUUCGCCAAGACGGGCUCGUUAAGGGGUGCAGCCUUGGGGUCUCCAGCGGCACCACCUGCCCCUCUGACAGAUGCUGCGCCUCCAGCGCCCCCAGCUCGCCCACCCCCCGGGCCUGGCCCCGCCCCUGCGCCGGCCAAGGCCUCCCCGGAGGCGGAGGAGGCGGCGCGCUGCGUUCAUUGCCGUGCGCUGUUUCGCCGCCGAGCUGACGGGCGUGGCGGCCGCUGUGCAGAGGCCCCGGACCCGGGUCGUAUAUUGGUGCGCCGUCUCAGCUGCCUGUGGUGUGCCGAGAGCUUACUCUACCACUGCCUGUCGGACGCCGAGGGUGACUUCUCGGACCCAUGCGCCUGUGAGCCCGGCCACCCGCGCCCCGCAGCGCGCUGGGCCGCGCUGGCCGUGCUCUCCCUGGCGGUGCCCUGCCUCUGCUGCUACGCGCCCCUGCGCGCGUGCCACUGGGUCGCGGCGCGAUGUGGCUGCGCCGGCUGCGGAGGUCGCCACGAGGAGGCUGCACGGUGAGGACAGCCUGGUGGGUCCCGUAGCCAGAUCGAGGACCCAAAAUUGAGGGUCCAGGACUCCUGUCUCCAUUCGGACCUAAAACCCAA